CGAGUGUCCGAUGCACAAGUGCAGAAGAUUGAUGUACAUUAGUCGACAUUCCUCUUUUUGACACAUUCCUUAUUUUUCCUACUUAAACUUCUUAAUCCACUUUUUGAUUCAACAUCAACAUCUCGUUGAACUUGAAAAGUAAAAGGAUGUCGCAUGUUUUAGGUGGUAACAGCCAGCACACGACGAGUGUGCUGAGUUCGAUGACGCCACGCAGUCAGAACAGCAGGAUGCUACCUCCGUCGCCUUCUCAUGCAGCUGGCGCAGGCGGCGCGUCCCAUAGCAGCCCAAGGCAUCAGGCAAGCCGCGGUGACAUGCGUAAACGCGCGAGUAGCAGUACUCCGCAGAGAGGAGCAGGACGAAGUGGCAAUUCCUCACCCAUGUCUCAGAGCAAUUCGCCGGGAAAUAGAGGCCAUGGAGGCCACUCACGAGGACGGUCUACAAUGCUGUUUCAGGACACUGCUUUGUCCGAACGUGAGUACGUGAAUCGGGGUAGCGGACAACUCUACACUGCAGGAACAUCAAGCGGCUACUAUCCGGAUCUAUUCGAAGACUACAAUCGGGGAUAUACAGGGUUCGCGUUGGCGGAACCAUGCAAUUACGGAAGUGAUAAGUUGCAAACGCACUCAGUUGCCGCAAUGAGCACGUUGGGAAAGAAACUGUUGGACGACUACGCGUCAAUGGAACUGAGGGUACUAGAGAUAUUUUCGCUUUCAGUCUAUAAGACGCGCUUAUUUGCUCAUCUGUUUCGAGUUUGACAAACGUUUUUUCUUUCUUGGUUCUUCUUAUAGCCACUACCACAUUUUUCUACCCAUAGUUGUUGUUCCUGCACCAGCCCGAAUCAUCCUAACUACACUUUCCAUACAGCAAACACCGCAGACCAAGCGGUCCAACCCUUUGCGGUACACGAGUAAUCUGAGUAAUCAGAGACUAGCAAUGCAGAAAAGCCAGGGCUUUGUGCUGGACCAGUUUCAUCAUAAUCAGUUGUCGAGAUCGGACCUCUUUCAACUGAUGAACGUGGUGAUAAACGAGUCCGUACACAGACACCGCAAUAGCAAGGGAUUGAAUCGUACAACUUGAGCUUUGUUGGCCUGAUGAAUUGAGACAUUUUAGUUGAUCAUGAAUGUAGAUUCUUAUGAUUACUCUUGUAAAAACUGUAUUUUACUCGUUCGUCAACUGCACAAGCAAGCUCCUCUGCGGCCUCGUCAUUCUUUGCACACGACCGGACCCACUCUGAGAAUGAACCAACUAUAGCACCUUGGGAGACAUACACGACCCACUCUGGUGAAAACCAACUAUAGUACCUAUGAACCAACUAUACCUUGUGGUCCUUGGGAGACAUGCAUCAAUUUGAAAAGUGAUAAGGAUCCUUCCCACACCCACAGGUUCCUUCGUCUGGAAGUAUUUCACGACUGAGAAUCUGGACUACUCGCUCAAAUACUUCAUCGACGACUGCCGCAAAAACGUGGACUGGUGUAAGAAAUACUACACGUGCUACCGACAUCUCGAUAUCUUCAUGAGCAACGAAGACAUAAAACGACAAAGGCCACUGUUUGAAAAGGUACAGAACGAGGUCCAGCAAGAACUAUACCUAAUGGGUGAGGAAGCUAAGAAAACGCCUCAGAGCCAACUCGUGGAUGCGGGAUCAGGUACUUUUUUACUUGAGUAGCUGUCUUCUAUUUCGUCAUAGUACAAUAGAAAGUACUUCACUUGAGUAGCUGUUUUCUAUUUCGUCAUAGUACAAUAGAAAACUCGUGCUCGUCCAGCUGCCUCCGAGACAAGCAAAGCGCGAUUACUCCUUUUUUUCAUUGCCUUCUCUUUCCCACAAGAAACGCGACAACAUCAUUACUUCUUCACAGCUUCCCCCGAGAGCAAAGCGAAACUGUUAGUGAUCAACUCUUUGCCUGUUCUCGGUUGGCGACCGGUCUCUCAGCAGAUGAACAGGAUAAACGGCGCCAUGCGCACCUAUGAGGACUUCAUUGAGAAGGAGACCAGACCCGAGACUUCGCAAAGUGUCCAGAGACUCUUCCGCCAUUCCUUAGCCGACCGGUACCCAGUGCAAGACCAUAACAGUCCUCUAGUACCAGUCGGAGGCAGUCUGGCGACUAGUCAUGGAAGUGGUAGACUCGAAUCUAGACCUGGAACAGUGGAGGGAGUCCUCCCAAAGCUUGGAGGCGUAGUGAACGGCAUGGUAGUGACACAGAGGUCAGAGGGAAUCUCGCAGGAAGUAGAGGGACCAACGGGAGCGGCGAUGGGGUACUUGAUUUGCGUUGCAUUGGAUAGAAACCUGCUAAUCUGUUGCUUGUUGGCAGGCUAGACGUAGUUCAAUUAUACGUAUAGUUGGAAUAUGUUUGAAGUGCAAGAAGAACAAAGUAGGCUAAAAAUGCUGAUCCGCUUACUAGGUUGAUGAAACUACUACAUCGCACAUUGCGAUUGCCUAAUAUUUUUAGCUGCUCCUGAAAAACUUUGAAACAGAUAUCGUCCCGGCACUUCCCGCUCGCACUUGAUGUCAAAAACUAUGCCUGGGUCCAUCACUGGGACGACGGAUGGCGUGCGUCCUGGCACUAGCCCUAAUGGCAAGCUCCUUACUGUAGAUGCGAGAGCAGGUAGUCUAGACUCCGUGGACGGUGUACCGUUUCCCUUAUCCCGACCCUCCGUGGCCGUGAUGGAAAUUGAUCGGGGAGUAGUGACAAAAAAGGUGAAGCAGUCGGCAGUGGACACGAUCUCGUUUAACAAGAACAAGCCAGCAGAUUGGUUCAUUGUGGACACGAUAUUCAAGGUACAUGUACAAUGAUAUUAAUUAUUCAUCUGUACAGUCAUGAGUACCAUGAUAUGACUCAUCUGUUCGAGAAGUUAUUAGUAGAUAAGUACUUACUUGACAUUGGCUUUCUCUCUUUCGGUUUUUGUUUUUUCUAGUUAGGUCUGGUCCACCAACAUUCAUUAUUCAUCUGUUCGAGGAUAAAGUUGUUGCUCGACCUCGAGUACGUCACUUACCCAGUGCUGUUAUGAUUCAGCAUCCAGUAAAAACUGAUCAAUAUGAUUUUGGAUAGAACAACAAGACCACCAAACCCCCUUCCGCAGACGAUUAUCCGUCGAGCUUGCUACGGCAGCAAGCAUUUCCAGAAAGUGUGGGGUGAUUUUCUCAAAGAGGGAAACACGCGAGACGCAGAGAUAGGCGAAGAAAAGGAUGAAAGUAUUGAGAAAGCCGUGGACAGUUUAGGAAGUCCGAUUCCUAGAGAGCUGAUUCGCAAUCAUCUUGCAGGCUGUGAGUUUGGACAACGUUGCAACUGCCCGAACCAUUUGAUUCCGGAGGUCCUUUUUCAUAUUCUUGAUGCCGUGAUAUUGAAUUACAGUUACUUCCUCUUCUUGCACGAAUAUCAGGGUUUAGAACUGGGUUUGGAGCUCUUCAAACAAACUAUAUGACAUGUGUAUUACAUCAAGUGUGAGGGUGCGUGUGUCGCAUUUAAAGAGUGUUGUUGUGAUCAGCACGAGAGAGGGAAGAUGAAGAUAAUUCACCUUUGAAAAUUAUAUUUUAGUACUUCUUCAUCUUACUUUCUGGUGACCGUGACGGUGAGACUGUGACUGAGUGAGUGGAAACUAUAACAGGGCCCAUCUCACGUCGAGCGUGCCGAAGGCGCAUUCGACCUUCGCUUUGGUGUAGCCUUGACUGCCGCUUUAGCCGGAAAUUUUGAGAUUUACACGUUGGUGGAUCCAUUGGAAUACUUAAAGCGGGAUGCGAUGUUUGGCAGAGAAAUGACCGUCCAGGAGAAGGGGUUGCUAGCCUGCGCAGCAGCACUCGGCGGAAAUCCGGAUCUCUUCAGCUGUGCAAAGCCAGUGUUCUUGCAAUAUCAUGGUACAACAAGAACUCUUACUUUACUGUUCAAUAAUAAAUCUUCAAGAAGAUGAAGUGAUAUUCUUGAUUGAUGAUGUACGUGUACUCAUCCACAUAUCAACAGACAAAGUCCGUUUGUCGAUCUGCGCCGCUUUGGGUCAAUCCUUCGAGAUUUGGCGGAAUCUGGACGCUCCGAUGAUGAUCGACUACGUGGAUCAAGUGAAAGUCGUUGCUGCCGCUAAAAUCGGUGGCAACAUGGACCUCUAUCGGGCUGCGCUCAAGGCUCCUUGCUACCUGGAGGAGCAGGACGCAAAGGUGAUUGGCCAGAUCGAGUACGGUGGUGGAGCAUGGUGCAGUAAGGUCGGACGAACGGCGAACGCUGUAAAUCAACAAAGAAUGUACCACUCGCAUGGACCAAACUUUGCGGCACUACCGAAGCCGGGAGCGCUGCUUGGAAAGAUUUAAGGAGCAUCAGUAAAUUAUGAGCAAUAUACGAAUUAUAGGAUGAAGAUUACGGCAAAUAAACGCAUAAUCAGUCACGAAGAUAUUUUGGGGUUGUUCUAUCAUGAAAUGUAAUUAAUCUUGGUGGGCUUUCUUCAGAACUUCAAAUUUGGAAUGAACUUGAACAUUUUUCCGCGUAUUUGAACGGAACAACGAAUCAUGCUAGCGCCACUAGCAUCGAAUGUAUAGAAAUUGAUUAUUCUUGUAUAGAACUUCGACUUUUUAGAAUGAGAACCAGAACUCUGAACUAAGAUUUGCAAUAGAACAACUAGGGCAAAAGAGAUUAACAUUGAAUGGGGAGGUUCAACGCGAACCAUGUAUUCUAGAUUUGUUUAAUUGAACCUGAAAAAACCGAUGAAAAUAAAUGUUAAAAUCAAGCAGGUCAUAUCUAAGAUAAGAACUUCUAGGUCAACAUACCAUAAGUAGUUAUCGUUCUUGCUUUGAUUUUCAAGAAAAUCUUACGCAGAAUAAGAAACGUUAUCCGCUUACAUCAGUCCAUUGAACAGCUACAUACAAGCAUUAUUCAUAAUUUUUAGCAUGUAAAUUAUGAAAGAAAAUGAUAAGAUUUAUCGCUUUGGGCAAUCAACGAGUUGAAGACGAUCUAACAACUGUUGCGUAAUAUGGGAAACAUUAUCAUCUUCAAUGCACAAAAUCAAAAUGUUAACGCAUUACUCUUUCGCAAUGAACCUGAACUUGAGCCAGAACGAUGUACAACACCAUUUUUGGCGGGUCAAACAUAUCGCAUAGAAGAUUCAGCUAGGACAAUCGCACACCUGCUUGACAGCUUCUUUUUGAAA